AUGAGUCUUUCUUUAAAUAUAGACUAUAUCGCAAAAAAUAUUCAAACAUAUAUCGAUCAAGAAAACUUUUUUGAUAUUAUUGAUCAAGAAAACAUUCCAAACAUUUUAGAGAAAGCAAAUCUUGAUCCAACUCUUUUCAAAACUCUUCUUUUGCAAGGUAAAACAAAAUAUUCAUUACCAAAAUUAUAUAAAUUUGUUCAAAAAUGCAAAGUUUGUGUUAAAACAUUUGAAGACGCUAUUAAUAUUCUUAAAACCUACGAAACCUGUUUGAAACUUGAAUCAUCAUCUGGAUUAAUAGAUUUCUUUACUAAACACAUAGAAAAUCAAAAAAAUCAAACACAACUUCAAAAUAAUCAAACACAACUUCAAAAUGAAAUAUCACAAUUUAAUAUUCAAAAUGCACAACUCAUGAACGAAAUAUUCAAAUGUCAUAAUGAAAAUAAUCAAUUACAACAAAGAAUCAAUAAAAUUGCGACAAUACAUGAAAUUCCAUUGAAGUCAGAUUUUGACACAGCUUACAAUUUCCUUAAAGAACUUUCUAAAAAGCGUGAUAAUUUCCUUGAAGGACUUACAAAGAAGCGUGAUAAUAUUAAAAUGCCUAUUUCAUGUGCAGUUGGAUUAAGUGAAAAGCGAAACUCAGAUGAAAACACAAUCUUGCUUGAAGCAUGUAUUAAUGAGGAUUUCCAAUUUGUUAAAUCUCUUACCGAAUCAGGAUGUGACAAAGAUGCAAUUGAUAAAAACGGAAAUAAUUGCUUACUUUUAUCAUCAGCUAAUGGACGUCUUGACAUCGUUAAAUAUUUAAUUGAAAUCGGUUUUGACAAGAACUGGCGUAACAAAACUAAUGGAAAUAAUCCUAUUCUUUAUGCUUCAUUAACUUGUCAACUUGAAAUAGUUAAAUAUCUUAUUUCAAUUGGGGCUGAUCCAAAUCAAAAAAAUAAUAAUGGAUGUUCAUCAAUUUAUGCUGCAUCACAGGCAAUCUUGAAAUCAUUAAAUAUCUUAUUUCAUGCGGCGCCGAUCCAAAUGCAAAAAGCAAUAAUGAAUCUACACCAAUUAUUAUGGCAUCAAUUUCUGGUAACCUUGAAGUAA